UUCACUUGGAUCGAUAAAACCCCAUUUCUGAAAUAUUUUGGUUUUCUAUAUUUGUCUGUCAUCAGUAAUAUAAAAAGGAGAAGACGAUGAAAAGGGAACAAUUUGUUUUAUUUUUUAUUUAAUAUAGAACUCAAAUUAUCUGGCAACCACUCCCAGUAGAGGGAACAGUUUCCGGUGGCACCCACCGCUGCUGCUCUGGAUCCACUGUUCUUUUUGUUACUAUUCUCAGUUUUAGGGUUCUGAUUCUUGUGGAUUUGUUGGGUUUCUUCAUUCAAUUCUCCGGUCAUUGGAUGUAUUUAGUCUGAAGUUUGAGAAUUUUCGGCGGAAUUGAGUUUGGUUGGAAUUUGUUCAUGGGAUCGAAACCGUGGCUUUGUCCGGCGCCGACGUAUCGAACUUUGGAAAGCUAUUGGGACACUGAUGACGACGCUCCGGGGCCGCGUUGUGGUCACACGCUUACUGCCGUAGCCGCCACUAAAACCCAUGGACCUCGCCUCAUUCUGUUCGGAGGCGCCACUGCCAUUGAGGGAGGCAACGGUGGCGCACCCGGCAUUCGGUUAGCUGGAGUGACUAAUUCAGUUCAUUCCUACGAUGUUCUCACUAGAAAAUGGACCAGACUUCGACCAGCUGGUGAGCCACCAUCUCCUAGGGCUGCGCAUGCAGCAGCAGCAGUUGGCACCAUGGUCGUGUUUCAGGGUGGGAUAGGUCCUGCAGGGCAUUCGACAGAUGACCUAUACGUGCUCGACUUGACAAAUGACAAGUUCAAGUGGCAUCGAGUUGUAGUUCAAGGACAGGGUCCGGGUCCUAGAUAUGGCCAUGUCAUGGACUUGGUUGCACAACGAUAUCUUGUCACGGUUAGUGGAAAUGAUGGUAAAAGAGUGCUAUCAGAUGCUUGGGCUUUGGAUACUGCACAAAAACCAUAUGCGUGGCAGAGGCUUAAUCCAGAAGGUGAUAGACCUUCUGCUAGAAUGUAUGCAACGGCUAGUGCCAGGUCUGACGGGAUGUUUUUGCUUUGUGGUGGAAGAGACGCUUCAGGAACGCCACUGGCAGAUGCUUAUGGAUUACUUAUGCAUCGGAAUGGCCUGUGGGAAUGGACUCUUGCACCAGGAGUGUCACCUUCUCCAAGGUAUCAGCAUGCUGCGGUGUUCGUUGGUGCUAGAUUGCAUGUUACUGGGGGUGUUCUUAGAGGUGGACGAGCAGUAGAAGGUGAUGCUGCAGUGGCAGUGUUGGAUACUGCUGCUGGAGUUUGGCUUGACAGAAAUGGGCUAGUGACUUCACGUGGAAACAAAGGACACAGUGAUCCCGAUCCCUCUUUGGAGUCUAUGCGUAGAUGUCGCCAUGCAGCGGCAUCUGUUGGUGUUCGAAUAUAUAUCUAUGGUGGUUUAAGGGGAGAUACUCUGUUAGAUGAUUUUCUGGUUGCAGAAAACUCUGAGUUUCAAUCUGACAUCACCCCAGCAUCACCAUCAGAGAGAGCCUUGACUAGUAGUCCAAGAUCAAACAAUGCUACUUUAAAUCCAUUUUCCUCCCCAUCAACUCCAGAUGACAGACCUGAAAUGCCCUCAUCUGGCUUUCUGAGUAUGGACAAAAAUUCUAUGGAAAAAUUGGCCGAGGCAUCUGCUGCUGAAGCUGAGGUUGCUAAUGCCGUCUGGCAAUCGGCUCAGGCAGCAUCAGCAAACCCAGAGGAAACGUCCUUAUCAGAUGUCAAUUCACAUUCUCCAGAGACGACUUCUGAAGGUAGCGACACAGAGGCUGAUGUUCGCCUUCACCCAAGAGCGGUUGUGGUUGCAAAAGAAGCUGUUGGGAACUUGGGGGGUAUGGUUAGGCAGUUGUCCUUGGAUCAAUUUGAAAAUGAAAGUAGAAGAAUGAUUCCAUCACAUAAUGACCUGUCAAAUCCCACUAAAAAGUUUGUAAGACAAAAGUCUCCUCAGGGCUUGCAUAAAAAGAUUAUAUCAACUUUGCUGAGGCCUCGGAAUUGGAAACCUCCUGUCAACAGAAAGUUCUUUCUGGACUCUUAUGAAGUUGGUGAGCUUUGUUAUGCUGCUGAGCAGAUUUUCAUGCAUGAGCCAACGGUCCUGCAACUGAAAGCCCCUGUCAAAGUGUUUGGUGAUCUUCAUGGACAGUUCGGUGAUCUGAUGCGGCUGUUUGAUGAAUAUGGAUUUCCUUCUACUGCUGGGGACAUUACUUAUAUCGACUAUUUGUUUCUGGGAGACUAUGUUGAUCGUGGACAGCACAGCUUGGAAACCAUAACCUUGCUCCUAGCUCUUAAGAUUGAGUACCCAGAAAAUGUUCACCUGAUACGUGGGAACCAUGAAGCUGCUGACAUCAAUGCACUUUUUGGUUUUCGCAUUGAAUGUAUUGAGAGAAUGGGAGAAAGUGAUGGAAUCUGGGCUUGGACACGUUUUAAUCAGUUGUUCAAUUAUCUCCCUCUUGCUGCAUUAAUAGAGAAGAAAAUCAUCUGCAUGCAUGGUGGCAUUGGGAGGUCAAUAAAUUCAGUAGAACAGAUAGAGAAACUAGAGAGGCCCAUAACAAUGGAUGCUGGGUCAAUAGUGCUAAUGGAUUUGUUAUGGUCUGAUCCCACUGAAAAUGAUAGCGUAGAGGGCUUGAGACCAAAUGCAAGAGGACCCGGUCUAGUGACGUUUGGGCCUGAUCGGGUCACGGAUUUCUGUAAGAAGAAUAAGUUGCAACUUAUUAUAAGAGCUCAUGAGUGUGUUAUGGAUGGAUUCGAACGGUUUGCCCAAGGGCAGUUGAUAACCCUUUUUUCUGCGACGAACUAUUGUGGAACGGCGAACAAUGCUGGGGCGAUAUUGGUUGUUGGCAGAGGAUUGGUCAUUGUUCCAAAGUUGAUUCAUCCCCUGCCACCUCCUCUGCAGUCUCCGGAGACAUCUCCAGAACGUAUGACUGAGGAGACAUGGAUGCAGGAGCUUAACAUUCAAAGACCUCCAACUCCUACACGAGGUCGCCCACAACCUGAUCAUGACCGAAGUUCACUUGCCUAUAUAUGAUGUCUACCCUUUUUGCUGUACAUGACUGUUCUUGAAAAAAAUGUCCUUAAGGAGCAUGAUUGUAGUUGGUUCAGAGUGGAAGCAAUGGAACCCAUAAUAACGGCAACCCACUACAAUCAGCACCCUCUGUUGUAUUUGAUACAAAUGCUUUUGAGAAGACUAAGAGAGUGGUCAGUUCUUGGUAAAUUAAGGUGAUCGAUCUUCCAUCAAGUUGCUUUCUUGAAAUGUGUACAAAGCAAGACAGGAGAUUUGGUAGGAGAUGGAGUUUCUGGUGUACAGAAGAGGAGACAAGUGAAGAGAAGAUUGUGACCCUCUUUGUGUUGUAAGUGAAAGAGUUACAGAAUAAUGAUUUAUAGUAAUGAUGAUAGAAAGGAUAGUAUAUUGAUAUGUAGGUGGGUGGUGUUGUUGAUUUUGACUAGUUUUAAGAAAAGUUGUGUAUUCAAAGAAAUCAUAGCGGAGUGCAUUUUUAUCUGUUCGUCGUGUGUAUAAAUUAUUGGACGUGUCUUCUAACUAAUAUUGUAUCAACCACAUCUCCAUUAGUUUAAACAA